GACAUGGUCCAGCUCGACGAGCUCACGGAGGCGACGGUGCUGAGCACGCUGCGCGUGCGCUACCGGCGCAAGGACAUCUACACGAACGUCGGCGGCAUCCUCAUCGCCGUCAACCCCUACGAGACCCUCGAGGCCCAGAUCUACGGCGAGGAGCAGAUGCACGCCUACGGCUCCGCGGACGCGGCGUUCGCGGGCAUGACGCCGCACCCGUACCUGCUCGCGGAGGCCGCGCUCCGCGCGCUGGACCGGGACCGCGAGUCGCAGUCCUUCGUCAUCUCCGGCGAGUCGGGGUCGGGCAAGACGGAGACCUGCAAGUACGUCCUGCGCUACCUCUCCUACCGCAGCAAGCGCCGCUACGAGCACAGCAUCCAGGCGAGGGGCGACGGCAAGGCGAACGCGCUCGAGGAGUCCGUGCUCCUGUCGAACCCCAUCCUCGAGGCCUUUGGGAACGCCAAGACGCUGCGCAACGACAACUCGUCGCGCUGGGGCAAGUACACGCAGGUCUACGUCCAGCCGUCGUCGGGCUCCAUCAAGCGCGUCGGCAUCACCGCGUACCUCCUCGAGAAGGUCCGCAUCGUCGAGCGCGCCAAGGGCGAGCGGAACUACCACAUCCUGUACCAGAUGGGGCUCGGCGCCGACCCCGUCGCGCACGCGGUGCUCCGCGACGACGGCUACGGCAAGGACGACGGCGGGAACGCGUCCGUCGCGGCCAUCGACGUCGACGACGCGGUCCAGUUCGCGGCGACGCGCGACGCGCUUUUGAAGCUCCAGAUCGAGGAGACGGGCCUCGUCGGCGCGCUGAGCGCCGUCUGCCACCUCGGGGACGUGUGCUUCGACGAGGUCGCGGACGACCACGCGGACUCCAUCGCGGCCGUGGGCAAAAACGACAUGCGCAAGCGGGGCGGCGGCUUCCUGGGCAUGGGCGGCGGCGACGAGAAGCGCCACGCCAUCGACAUCGCCGCGGAGGCCCUCGGCGUGAACCGCACGGAGCUCGAGGAGAGCCUGCUGAGCCGCCGCGUCGCGGGCGUCCGCGUGCCGCGGCGCGCGGCGGAGGCGGAGCACGCCAAGGCCGCCUUCGCCAAGGCCUUGUACUCGCGCGUCUUCGACUGGGUCCUGGCCCGCGUCAACGACGCUCUGAAGGCCAUGACGGGCACGGGCCAGACGCUGCGGGAGGCGUUGACGGGCAAGAAGCAGCCCAAGGAGGAGCUGCUCACCAUCGGCCUGCUCGACAUUUUCGGCUUCGAGUGCUUCGCCCACAAUUCGUUGGAGCAGCUGUUGAUCAACUACGCCAACGAGCGCCUGCUCCGCGAGUUCAACAAGCAGGUCUUCGAGGCCGCGACGCGCGAGUACAACGCCGAGGGCGUGCCCGUGGGCGACCUGACCUUCCACGACAACUCGGGGUUACUCAAUACCCUCGAGGGCCCGCGCGACGGCAUCUUCGCCAUGCUGAACUCGGAGUGCGUGCGCCGCGACGGCAACGACGCGAACCUGCUCAAGGCGAUCGUCAAGAAGCACUCGCGCGCGCCGGGCGCGAAGCAGGACCGGUCCACGGCGGGCAAGACCUUCGGCGUGUCCCACUUCGCCGCGGACGUCGUCUACGAGAUCGGGGGCUUCGUCGAGAAGAAUAGGGACCGCCUGCCCGAGGAGAUCUGCUCCCUCGUGUCGACGUCCGACGCGCUCUUCGUCGCGGGCCUCUUCGCGGACGUCGACGAGGCCGCGGGCGAGGGGGCGUCGGGCGCGGCCUUCGCGGGCUCGAGCGCGGCGCGCGGCGGCGGCGCGGGCUCCAAAAAAGCGCAGCGCUACGUCGCGGGGUCCUUCGCGGAGUCGCUGGCGAAGCUGACGGGGCUAUUGGACGAGACGGCCCAGUCCUUCGUGCGCUGCGUGAAGCCGAACCACAAGGCCGCCAAGGAGGCCUUCGACGGCGUCGUCGUGCUGGACCAGCUCCGGUGCAUGGGCAUGCUCGAGCUCGUGUCCGCGCGCGCGCGGGGCUACGCGGGGCGCAUGGACCACGACAUGUUCACGAGCCGCUACGGCAUCCUCAUGGAGGACGCCAAGGACGUGGACAUGGCCGCGUUCGAGUCCGCGGACAAGGCGAAGCUCGGCGAGUUUUUGCGGCUUUUGGCGACGAAGAAGUUCAUCAAGCCCGAGUGCCUGAGCAACGGCGAGAUCGCCAUCGGCAAGACCAAGGUCUUCCUCAAGCGCGGCGCCCAGAACGUGCUCGAGACCGCGCGCGAGGCGCGGCUCUGCGCGGACGUGCUUUUGGCGCUGGGCGAGGCGACGGCGUCGCGCGACGCGAACGCGCUGGAGCUCACGCUGCGCAUCGCCGACGAGCUGCGCCUC